CUGAUUGCGUUUUAUAUCAUUCGGGCUCGCGCUUAAACUGCAUGCGUGAAAUCACAUCAAAAAGUGUGCCAGCGUUGACCCUGAAUAUGUAGCCAAGAGGACACAGCGCCGGUCCACAAUAUUACAAUACUCACAUUAGCUGUCGAUAGCGAGCAGUUAGUAGAGCAUUCAGGCGACUCGACGGCACAUCGCCUUGAAAACGGAGCCCUUGAGAGCAGGCGUCAGUCAUUUUAUAUUAUUAACGUCGUCGUGAUGUGUAUAUCGGUGGUCUAAGUGUGUCACGCGGCGCGCUGAGCACAAAGCUGGCUGUUCUCGGGUGCAGCGGUUGCGCAGCGUUAUGUUUCGGCAUCAGCAUGUAGCGCCUGGUUCAACAUGGUGGCACCGACUGUGGCAGCCGGUAGUGGAGAGCGCGUGGGCACUUCGGCAGCGACCGAUUGCCGUGUGGAGCAAUCUAACGGAAGGUCGCGCGUUUUGGCCCGCAGCAUUGUUUGUGCUGCUCAUGUCGGCAACUUAUGCUCAUCUGCCAGCUGCUGACGUAAACAUGCCGAAGGUCGAUGUCGAACGACAGCCAAACAUCGCGGUUCUCCCCCUUCCGCUGUCCGCCGUCGCUAGUGCUAUGUUGCUGUGCGCGCUCGCGGGCUACGCGCUUGGCUCACUUCAAAGAGCGCGUCAAGUGCCAACAGUGACGGUCUCGGCGGACCCGGCGUCGCUGGCCACGUCGCAACGCAUAUCUCUUGCGACACGCCUGCACGCGGCACUCGAGUUGCUCCGUGACUGCCUUCCCGGCCACGUCGUGGAGCAGUUGUUGGAGGCCGACACGCAGCAGCACGCCGCAGACCAGCAGCAGCCGCAGAUGCACUUGCUUGACACAGCAGCGGCCGGCGACGACGACAGCGGUGGCGGCGGCAUGGUAGGCGAGGGAACCGAAGCCGCCGCAGGGUACCACCAGCAGCACCCCGGCAGCAGCUACCGGCACCUGCGCCGCCGCAGCAGCGUUCCGCUGCUGUCGGGCGGUCUGGACGUGUCGCUGCUGCUGGGUGCGGAGGACGGCGAGCCCUGGCAGCUGGGCUGUGUGGCCUCCUCGCCGCCCGCCGGCUCCGCGGGACACUCGGCUGGCGGCGGCCUGCCCCGCUACUGGAUCCCAUACGCCCACCACCCACAUCAACACCAACAACACCAGCAUCACCAGCACCAGCACCCUCACAACCACCCUCACCCAGACCAGCCCCAGCACCCCCAGCACCACCACCGGCACCCGCCCAGCAGGGAACGCGACAUGGGCGGCGGCACGGCAGUCGCCGCGGCAUCCCGACCCAGCGCCGACGCCAGCAGCGCCUCCCCCUGCGCCCCCGACAGCAGCCUGCUGCUAUGCGGCAGCUACGACGAGGACAGCGGCAGCACCGCCGCAGCACAGCGGCUACUGCUCCGUUCGCUGGAGAGCCCUCCCCGUGCCCCGCCGCUGACACCGCUGGCUGCAGGUGGCGGCGGUGGCAAUACGGCGGCACUCGGCACCGGCAGCAGUAGUACCGGUGCCGGCACUUCCGCCUGCUGGACACUGCCGGACGGUCACCGGGUGCUGCGCCCGCAGCUGAGCAUGCAGAGCAGCGACUGCGGUGCGGUGGAGUGCGACGCAGAGGGCGACGACGGCGAAGACCGGGACAGCGGCACACGCCGCGGCCGCCGCGGUGGCCCUGGUGGGUUGAGCACCUGCGGCAGCGGCCUAAUGACGGGCAGUGGUAGCGGCGUGUUUCCCAGCAGCGGCAGUGGCAGCGGCAGUGGAAGUGGGGCCGGCAGCGGCAGCAGCAGCGGCGACGGAUUCGUGGCCUCCCCAUAUUCGUCACCGUACGCCUCGGCCGCAGACCUGAUGGUGCAGAGCCGCAUGAAGGCGGUGGCAGCAGCAGCCAGGGCGCCCUUCGGCUCAGCCGCAUCGCCUGCCUCCUCGUCCUCGGGAGCGGCCGCCAAUGCUGCCUUCACAGCUGGGACUGCCGCCGCCGCCAUCGGCCUGGCCCGUGUGCGGGAGCAGCCUGUUGCGGCGCAGUCUGAUGGCAGUGAGGGGCGGUGGCAGGCGGCUCACACGGACGAGAUCGAGGGUGGGGCGGCGGCGGCGGCGGCGGCGGCACCAUCAGCUGGUCAGGCGCCAAGCGGUGGCAGCAGCGUGGCGGCGGACAUCAGCGGCGCCCAUGAGACAGCAGCGGCACCCCAAGCUGACCUUGCGGGCCUCAUGCACAUACGCAUGCCGGAUUCAAUUUCAGCGGUUGUAGCUGUUUCCGGCAACGAAACCUCGAUGACUGAAGCGGCAUUCCCUGUGGCAGCUACUCAUGGGGGCGCGGGGCCCCUCGCGCUGCCGUCGCCUCCCAGUCCUGGGGCGGCGUCGGGUGCGUCUUGGUCCGGUCGGGCGGCCUUUACGCAGCGCGGCCGCCGCGGCGGCGCCAGCGGCAGCGGGUCACCAGUGGGCAGCCUGGGUGCGUCCUCCACUCUCAGUGGCGGCGGCGGGGGCGGCGGCAGCGGCACCAGCGGCAGCUCGGGCCUUGCACGCCUCAUCAACACCAUGACGGCAGGGCUGGGCAGCGGCCUGCGGUCCUACCGCAGCAGCAGCAAUGGCGGCGGCGGCGGCGUUAGCAGCGGCGCACACCACGCCUGGCUGGCGGGCGGCGGCGGCAGCAACGGCAGCUGUGGUGGUAGCGCCAGCCAGGCCUGGGUGCCCACGUUCACAGGAAUGGAGGCGCUGCCGGCCGUGGCUUCGCCGGCGGCUCCCAUGCCGGCAAGCGUUACGGAGGCGGCGGCGGCGGCCGGCGCGGUUGCUUGGGCGUCGCCCGCCAUCGCGGCCUCCCUGGGACCGGGGGCGGUGCUGGGUUCGUGUGAGGUGGUGCGAGUGACGCUGGGUGGGCUGGUGGCGGGCUGUUGCAGCAGCAUCGCCAGUGGCUGCGUUAGCGGCGGCGGCGGCAGCGGUGUACACAGUGGCGUGGUCACUGCAGCGGUGAGGAGCAGCCCGUGGGAAGGUGGCGGCGGUGCCAGCGGCGAUGCAGCCGCGGUCAUGAGCGGUGUGCGGCCUCGCGUGAUGAGCGGUGUGAGCGGUGACCUGGCCUCAGUGGACGAGGCGCAGGCGGACGUGGAGGACGCAGAAGAGGAGGCGGCUGAGGAUGCCGCGGCCGUCAGGAGCGGCAGUCCCGACACGGAGGCGGAGGCGGAGGAGGAGGAGGGGGUGCCGCCGCCGGUGUCGUUGUCGGGCGCCUGGCGGCGCUCCGUGCCUAUCCAGAUCCAGAUCCAGACUGCGCCGCUGCUGCCGCGCCGCCCGCCGCCCGCUGACCACCGCCAUGCCUGGCUGCUGGACUCGGCGGACGGCGGCGGCGAGGGCGGCUGCAGCGAGGCACUGGGUUGCCGCCCGGGCGAGGCCGACCACGACGGCGGUGCGGCGGGCGCGGCGUCAGCCCAUGACCACACCGACCUCGAGCUGGUGGGGCCACUGGAGGUGGAGCCGCUGCUGGAGGUGGCGGCCAGCGGGGGUGCAGUGGCGGCUCCCGUGCCGACAGCGCCCGCGGGGGCGGCGGCGGCUGCGGCGGCGGCGGCUGCGGCGGCGGCGGCUGCGGCGGCUGCGGCGGGUGGUCAGGACGGUAUGGCGCCGGGCUACGGCGGCCCCUGCCCUGCUGCUGCAGCUGCCCACGGCUCCACGCAGGCGGUCCACACGUUGUCACAGGCCUCGGUUGCACAGCCCGAGCUGUUGCCGAGCUGUGGGCUGCAGCUGCCGCCACUGCUGGAGGCCGCCGAGGAAGCCGCGCGCAGCUGGGGGCCCGGCGGCGACUGCGUGCAGACCCCCCGCAUGCGCCGCGUGCGGACCUCCAUCGAGCUGACGGCUGUCGCUGCGGCUGCGGCGGCAGCGGCGGCAGGGCCAGAGGGAGCCGCCAGCGCUGACGGCACUGCUGUCACAGGCCGCCACCCGAUGGGUGGCGGCCGCCCGUCUCUGCAGCAGGAUCAGCAGCCAGUCGCAACCCCGGGGGCCAGGCGGUGGGGCCGCAGCGUCAGCGCUGUACUUGGAGACGCUGUCCGGACGGCGGCGGCGCAGCAUCAGCACCAGAUUCAGCCGGGCAGGGCGCCCAGCUUUGGUGGUGCUGCUGCUGGCGCUGUCUCCGCCGGCGGGGCCGCAGGCCACCUGCUGCCUGCGGCGGGCCCUGCUGCCGCCAGCAAGGGCCCCCGCUCCGGCCCCGGCGGCAGUGGCGGCGGCAGCCGGCUGCAGCGGAUGCCGUCGCAGCUGCUGCGGACGACGGGCGCCUCCGCCGCGGCGUUCCUCCGCGCCGCCGGCAGCGCCCUACACUCCUGGUCCUCGUCCUCGGCGUUGCUGGCAGCUGGCGCGCCCGCAGGCGGCGUCGGCGGCGGUGCCGUGGACAGCGACCGGCGGGGUGUCCGCAGCGGCAGCAGCAACGAUGCCGUGGGUGUGGGCCAACUGUACCAGUACCAGCAUCAGUAUCAGUACCAGCGCCAGUACCAGCAGCACCAGUCUGCUGCGGACGUCGGCGCAACAGCGCAGGGCUUGCGUGCGUCACGGGUGUCGUGCCCCCAGAUAUUAUUUGGGGAGGCUGAUGGCGGCGGCGGCGGCGUGGAGGGGAGCGUAGGCGGGGGGAUGGAGUUUGAGGUGGAGCGCAGCAGCGCCGGCAAUGCGCGUCUGCAGCACCACCAACACCCGCAACAGCAAUCUCCGCCCUCGCCGCCGCCGUUGCUGAUGUCGCUGGUGCCCAAGUUCGCGCGGCGCUCGCUGUCCUGGCGCAACACGCAGCACCUCAGCGCCCACAACAGCACCGCCGCAUCCAAUGCCGCCGUGGGCCCCGCCGCCGGCGAGCUAGUCGUGGCGCAUGCUGGUGGUGCCGACAGCUCCAGCGGCAGGGCAGCCCUGAACGCAGUGGAUGGCGUGGCGGACGCAGGACUGCCGCCUCGCACACAACUGCAGUUGAGCCAGCAGAUGGCGGCGGCGGCCGCGGCGGCUUCUGCGCACGGCGCAAGCAGCACCCGCACAAGCGAGUCGGAGUCGUGCGCCGCCGCCGCCAGUGCGGCAUGGCUGGAGCGCUAUGGGCUGUUGGCGCCGGCGCCGCUGCGGCCGCUCAAGCCGCUGCUGAUGCCGCAGUCGCAAGGCGCCGGGGCUGGUGGGCAGCUUCUGGUGGGUGCGGAGGCGGACGGCUCGGGCGGCUAUGCGAGCUCCAGUGCUGCAACGCCCGCUGCUACGCACUCGCAACUGCAGCUGCACGCACCCGGAGGCGGUGGUGGCGGCGUGAUGGGCUGGAUGGGCAGCGGCAGCGGCAGUGGCUCACAACGACCGCGCAGGCUGCAUCGUGCUUCCACCGGUGUGCUGGCCAUGAGCGGCCUCGGCCCGGGAGGUCCCGGGGCCCCGGGGCUGCUCGUGGGCGGCAGUGGCGCGGCCGGCUGUGGCUCUGAGGUCGGCACGCCCCGCAGCCCGCCACCGCCGCAGUCCGCCCAUUCGCGCAACGGCUCCCUCAGCCACUUGGGCAGCGCCAACGGCUAUGUCGGCGGCAGCGGUGGAGGUGCUGGUCAGCCCCACCCUGCCCACCACCACUCGCACCACCUCUCAUUGCACCGUAUGGUGUCUUGCGCGUCGAUGCACAGCCUGUCGGGAUUAGGCGGCGGCGGCGGCUGCUCCGGCCGCGACCUGCCGUACGCGGAGUGGCACCCGUGCGUCAGUGUGCUGUUUGCGGACCUGGUCGGAUUCACGGCCAUCAGCAACAAGGUGCCGCCCGUGGCUGUGAUGGAAAUGCUGAAUGCGCUGUAUUGCCGCCUGGACGCUCUGUGUAACGUCUGGGGGCAGCAGCACCAGCAGUCACCGGGCUCGCCCCUCCGCGGCAGCGCCGCCGCGGCUUCCUUCCUGUCUCCCGGCGCCGCUGCGGCCGCCACCGCCGCGCCGCCCUGCCCUCCCGGCUCCGUGUACAAGGUCCAGAUCAUCGGUGACGCCUACAUGGUGGCAACUGGGCUGCUGGCAGACGACCCCGCACACGCCGCCACCGCCUGCAUGUUUGCGCUGGCGGUGCUGCGGGAGGCCGAGCAGGUGCUCGACCCGGUGGAUGGACAGCCGCUGAGACUGCGCAUUGGCAUCCACAGCGGCCCCGUUGUGAGCGGCGUGGUGGGCCGGCUGCGGCGCCAGUACUCGGUGUUUGGAGACACGGUGAACGUUGCUUCCCGAAUGGAGUCCACGGGUACGGCCGGCGUGAUUCACGUGAGCGAGGACACACAGCGACUGGCGGCGCCGCACAUGCCGCCGGGCUGCGGUAGCUGGCUGCGGCGGGAGGGCGUGGAGGUCAAGGGCAAGGGGACCAUGGACACCUACUGGCUGCUGCCGCAGGGGCACGAGGCCGACAGGGGCACGCCCGGCGAAACAACGCCCACGCGGCAUCGCCGAGCAUCAGAGCUCUCCCACUCCUCGCCCGGAUCACAGCCCCGCACUGCCCACUUCCAAACAAAACCACCACCUCCUGAUCAAAAACCAUCAGGCUGGGCGCCGCCGGAGUCACCGUUUCACCGGUCUUUGUCAGACUCGUACUGCGACGGAGAUGGCAGUAGCUGCACUAUCGCCGCAGUCAGCGGCCCCGGUACAUGAUUGUGAGUGUGCUUACGCAUUUAAUUGCAUUUUUGUUGUUAAUUGUUAAAAAUGUUAUUGUUACGGGCUCAGCCCUUUUCCUGCCUCCCUCCUUGUUGUUGUUAAUGAGAAGACGUGAGAAGAGACCUGUAUUGGAGCCCGUGGUAGGCAACCUCAGUGUAAAAUUGUUGGGCCCUUGCGGACGGCUCGGGCAUCUUAGCGCUAGCUGCAUGGAACUGCUGGCAGGCGGCUGCACCACGGCGCGUGUACUGGUUCGCGCCCGCUGCUUUGGCUUUGCGAAGAGCUGCAGCAGUACCGCUGCAUGCAUGACUGGUGUGAGAUGUAGAUUAAGUCUAUGAGCAUGGGGCAUGAGCCAUGGUACGCCGGAGGGCGGAAACAUACCACGUUUGUUGCGGCAGUGGGUGGUAGGUUGGUUGUGGUGACGGUACGUAUUUGUGUGGUGUAUCCUGGUGGCUGGUGGUAUAGACAAGGAAAUUUCUGAACGUGAGACAAAGGUUUAUUGGUAGAACCUGGCACUGAACGAGCAGCCUACUUCAAGCGGUUCACACGGGCGGUGGCCCUACAGCAGAGCUAGCGUGGGGCUUGCAGUUGGAUGCAACUUGCGGCAUGGGAGGAAGUGUGCACGCAGACCGCGCCGAUGAGCUUUACGCAUUCACUGCUUGGUGGAAUUGUUACCGCUUCUACGGCUUGACUGCCAUAAGUAAAGGCCACGAUGGCGGCUGUUUCAACUGCAUGGGGCUGCGUUUCGUUGAAUGAGCAAAUUUGUGACGCAAUUGGUAGCAGCAUGUCGGCUUCUAGCAGCAUGUUGCUGACACAGCGUGGGCCGGCGCCGAGACCAAAUUUUGGCUUUCCUUGUAUCUCUGUAGCAUCGUGUACUUAUCUGCACCGUGCAUCGCAUUGAUGACCAUCAAGUUUUGACCUUUCGCGCCGCACCCUCAUUUCACCUCCCCAGUUGGAUGGGGCUGCAAGCGCCCUGGGCCAAUGGCCCCAAGGCUUGUCCCUGGGGCCUUGCACGGCGGCUCGUGGCGAGGUCUGUAGCUUUUUUUGGUGCGGAUUUUCCGUAAGGUUGGGGUUGGUGAUUUGCAUCUGGUAUGGAUGGCUGACGUACACGGUUGCUGACGUAUGUAUUGGUUACAACGUUACAACCAGUGAGACUGUGAUACACAUGUCCGCGGCUUGCGGCAACGCUACCCAUGGCGCUCCGACGCCUACUAGUGCCCCGCCUUGCACUGGGGCAGGGGACCACCGAGGCGGGCAUGGCGAGCGGUGCCAGCCGUCACAGCCGUCACAGGCGCCUCCGUGGAGACAGCGCUGCGCACUGGGUGCACACGCCUGCCUGCGUCAUGAAAGCGCCAAUGUACUGAUUGUGGCUCUCAGCCUCCGGCGGCCUUGCAUAAGUUAUGGAUGCGAAUUACAAUUGAAGUUAUGGCUGGACCGGAUAGAUGUUUCCUAGCGGAUUGCGUGUGGCGCCUCCUCCCAGUUCUACUGCCAUCCUGUCAUGCUGCAUGGUUUUGCUGUACAGUGCUAGUGCCAUAACAACUAGUGCUACACCAACGCUUGAGUAGGAACAGCUACAUAGCAUCGCGGCAAGGGUGGCACGACUCUUGCGUGGCGGCAUGUGUUGCCGUACAGGGCAACCCCGGCGACGCCGAACCCCAUUC